AUGGAGUCUAAUAUGUCCAUAUAUACAGCACUUCUUACUUUGGAAUCACUGGACAUUUCACCAGCUUAUAAUUUACCACUGUUCAUGUUCGGAACCCUUACAUAUUGUGCCAUUUUAUUUUUCAACAUUACCUUACUUCUAAUAAUUGCUUUGAACCAUAAUCUUCAUAAACCUAUGUACAUACUGUUAUUUAACAUGCCAAUCAAUGACAUUGUAGGUGCUACUGCUUUUUUUCCUCAGCUGAUCUCGAGUAUACUGUCACAGAAUAGAUCAAUUACGUAUUCUGCAUGUUAUGUGCAAGCCUUCAUGACACACUUGUAUGGAUCAGGAGCACUUCUUAUCCUGACCGCUAUGGCUUAUGACAGAUAUAUUGCCAUUUGUUACCCAUUGAAAUAUAACACCAUAAUGUCUGCAAAUAACUUGUUCAAGAUAAUCCUUACAUUAUGGAUCCUAGAUUUUGCAUUGGUUGGUUUUCUACUUGGUCUGAGCUACCGACAAGAGAUUUGUAACACAAGAAUAGUAGACAGUUUCUGUAAUAAUCCAAGUUUGAUGAAGCUUAUAUGUGGGGAUGUAAGAUUAAAUAACUACUAUGGACUGUUUCUUACAAUUUUUCUUCAAGGAGUAUCACUGCUUGUAGUUUUGUUCACAUACAUCCAAAUCCUAUUCACCUGUAUCUCUAAAAAACAAUCUGAUGCUAAAAGGAAAGCACUUCAGACAUGUGGCACACACCUAGUUGUUUUCUUAUGUGUAGAAUUCAAUGCAUUAUUUGCCUUAAUUUCACACAGAUUUGAGAAUGUAUCCCAGUACUUAAGGAGGGGCUUUGGUGUGUCUGUGAUGAUAUUUCCUCCUUUUAUGAAUCCUCUAAUAUAUGGAUUGAAAACAAAAGAAAUUCGAAAGAACGCUUCACUUUUCAUACAUAAAAAGAUAUCUCAGUCAUAA